AUGCAGCAGUUAUUCCAUGAAAACUAUGAACACAACCGAAAGGGUUACAUUCAAGAUCUUCACAACAGCAAGAUACACACAGCCAUAACGCUUCAUCCAAACAAAAGACCAGCCUACCAAUACAGGCUGCACAAUUACAUACUGAGCCGCAAAAUUUCUGAACUGCGCUAUCGGACCAUCCAACUCCAUAGAGAAAGUGCCCUGAUGAGCAAGCUCAGUAACAGCGAAGUAAAUAAGGAAGAUCAGCAACUGGGGGUGAUGCCAUCUUUUAAUUAUUUCCAGCCACGUGAAAGGGAUGAAGUCAUUGAGUGGGAGUUCCUGACAGGAAAAUUUCUUUACUCGAUGGUUGACAACCAGCCACCCCGGCAGAGCCUUAGCAGUGCGCUGCGGGCUGCGCUGGAUGACACCGUGAUGCAAGUCAUGGAAAUGAUAAAUGAGAACUCUAGGACUAGAGGGAGGCUCAUUGAUUUCAAAGAAAUACAGUAUGGCUACCGCAGGGUUAAUCCUCUGCAUGGAGUGGAAUACAUCCUGGAUUUACUGCUUUUGUACAAAAGGCACAAAGGAAGGAAAGUUACUGUUCCAGUGCGACGCCAUGCUUACCUUCAGCAAUCAUUUAGCAAACCUUUCUUCAAAGAAGCAGAAGAGCUGGAUAUAAGCCUGCUAGAGGAUACCAACACUGACACUCAAUCUUUUGCUUUUCUUUCAAAUUCUUUGAAGAUUUUUUCCUCAUCGUUCCAAGGCACCAAAGAUGUUGGCAGACGCAGUGACAAGAAAAUACAUAUUCUUGUCCCUCUCACAGGAAGAUUCGACAUCUUUUCAAGAUUUAUGGAUAACUUUGAGAAGACUUGUCUCAUUCCCAGGGAGAAUGUGAAGUUGGCAAUAAUUCUCUUCAGUUCUGAGUCAGGCCAAGACUCCAGCAAACACAUAGAGCUAAUGAAAGAAUACAGCAUGAAGUAUCCUAAGGCAGAUAUGACCCUGAUUCCAAUGGCAGGAAAGUUUUCUAGAGGUUUAGGUCUUGAAAUGGCCUCAGCUCAAUUUGACAAUGGCACUUUACUGCUGUUCUGUGAUGUUGAUCUGGUAUUCACACCAGACUUCCUCCAGCGAUGCAGAGAUAACACUAUUCAGGGAGAACAGGUUUACUACCCUAUCAUCUUCAGCCAAUAUGAUCCAAAAAUAAUAUAUGGAGGCAACCCUCCAGCUGACAGCAGCUUUGUUUUCACAAAAAGAACUGGAUUUUGGAGAGAGUAUGGAUUUGGAAUUACAUGUAUUUACAAAAGUGAUCUACUUACUGCUGGUGGAUUUGAUACCUCAAUUCAAGGCUGGGGACUUGAGGAUGUAGAUCUCUUUACUAAAGUGAUAACGUCUGGCUUGAAGGCUUUCAGAAGUCAAGAAGUAGGAGUCGUCCAUAUUUUUCACCCAGUUCAGUGUGACCCCAAUUUAGAUCCGAAACAAUAUAAAAUGUGCUUAGGGUCCAAAGCAAGUACAUUUGCCUCUACCAUGCAGCUUGCUGAACUCUGGCUACAGAAACAUUUAGGUGUCAGGUACAAUCAGACUCUCUCCUGACGUUCUAGACUAUUUGGCCUUUUUAGGGGAGUUUACCUCAUUAUUAUUAUUAUUUGAUUGAUGUUGUAGUUUUAAACUCUCUUCUCGUUGUCUUCCAAAGACUGUUGACCUCAAACAGGAUGAGUCUGCUGUUCACUGAUGUUUCUUAUACCUACUGAACUGGUGAGGUGAACUCCUUCAUGUUUCCUUUAUUUGAAAUUCAGUCAAGUCACAGAAAUCAUAUGAACAUAUCCAUCACAAGAGACUGCAUCAGAAGAAUGUUCUCUUUCAGCUUUGAGAUGCAGUGUCAUCUUUGUUGCAUUUUACAGAUUUGAUGUGAUAAAAAUAUUUACUGGCGAAGGUACCACAAAAGUGCUUUAUGCUUCUUCUGGGGAUGGAACUCUAUAAGAUAAACUUGAGUUUUAUAAUUUAUAUGAGGACUUAUAUGUAUAAACACUACUUUUCUUCAUCUUUAGAAUUUUUAAAGUAAAUGAAUAACUAUGAUUGUACUUUUAUUUUUAAAAAAAAAAAA